AUGAAGACCCCCGAGGCCUCGUCGAGAACAGUUCUCUUGUACCAGAGCGAGCCAGUUCUCAUCAAACGCCCGAACAGUCCGUUCUCGCCAGCUUUGUCUCUACAUCUCAGCGGUCCACGCACUGAGCACUUGCAGCUUGGAGUCGCUAUCUCAGCUCAAAGUAGCCACAAUUGGGCAGCGGAGACAGUCUCCGUUACAUUACAUCGAUCGGAGCUUCUUUGUCAAGCCUUUCGUAAACGUCGCAACGGCGACAAGACGGAGCACUUGCUACGGUCGACAUGUAAUUAA